AUGGAUAAUUCUGCGUACGUACCGAAUCACCUACCGCCACCAUCUCUGGUCGUGUUCUCGCAGGCCGGAGGGCUGCCUGAGGCCUUGAGAAUGCAAAGACCAUUCAAUCCACAAGUGACCGAUUCGAAAGAUCUGCAGGUGCCCUUCAGCACGGCGGCAUCGCUGGGCUACGGGCUGCAUCACAUGCUGCAUUUGCCGCCGCAAUUCCUACAUCCGCUCGAUCAUAGACUGCCCUUCGGCGGCUUUCGGCCCUUGGUGCCGUCCGCGUUCGCGCCCCCCAGCAACCGCUCGCCUACCGGUACCGGCGGUACUGGUUCCGUGCCGAAUCGUGGUGCAACUCCCGAUGAAGAAGACCGUGAUGCCAACGCCACACCAGGAUCCGAGAACACUGAACGAUCCACUCCGGAGGAAGGACGACCGUACAGACGAAACGGCUGCUUGGUAUUCGCCUCGAUCUUGAGUGGAUUGCGGGUAGCUGAUGGGGUGGCAGUGAAUUUGAGAGAAAGAGAGAAUAUCGGGGAUACAGGUUUCCUGGGGGCGGUUGAUGAGGUAAGUGCAACCGCGGCGCUAUCAGCCACUCAAAGUAGUAGAAUGUCAACGCGUCUUCUCAUCGACGGCUUUAUCUUUACCGUCGUUUGCGUAUAUGUUCGCAAGAAAAAAUUCCCUUCGGAUCCAUCUUGCUGCCCCGUAUGCGGAGUGACAGUGAGACCUCAAGAACUAGAGCAACAUUUUGCUCAAGAGCUCGAUCGAUUGUACAAGGUCUCCUCGGCGUCUUCAAGACCUCGACCUUCGAGGUCGACCUUACCGCCGACGCACCCCCAAGAUCAUUCCCAUGGCACGAUGCUCCAUGCCCCAUCGGCGGCGGAUGGCACUCCUCAGGGUAGAUGGGAGACAUACAAAAGGAUCAAGGCCAAUAGACAAGCCAGAAUACGCGUUAAGAAUCGAAAGCGAAAAGCGGACGAGGCGUCUUGUCCGGUUUGUAGCGAGAGACUGUCAGGCACUCCGGAAGAAUUGAAUCAACACGUCGACCGAUGCCUGAAUAAGCAGAACAAUGGAAACCCAGCCGGGCAGAACGCGAAUGUCGACGAGGAAGAGGUUGACGUCGAGGGCGACCCCGAAUACGAGGAGUACGAGUGGGCCGGGCAGACAAGAGUGCGUGCCACUUCUAUGCUCGUUGGUGGGUUUUCUGCCGCGGGCCUCGCCACUUCCUCGAGCAAUCGUAGUGGUGCCAGGGGUGGUGGUAAUCAGGAGGACGAAGACGUCGAUCUGGUGGUUGAUGGCGACGACGCCGCUGAGUUCGGUCCAGCUCAGUAUUCCGAAGCGGACGUGGUCGCGCCGCGAGUCGAUGGCACGCCGCGAGAACAGAAAGAACGGGACGCGCUUCGCGAGGCCGUUAUUUCGCCGAACGCGCCGCAUACGCCGCAACAGCUGACCCCUGACUCUGGAUUGACGGCGCAGGGCCUGGUCGAGGUGAAGCCGGAGCCGGGCGCCGCAACGCCCGUCGCUCAACAAAACGACCCCGAUGAAGGUGCCUCCGGGUCGCCUAGGAGAGAUGGUGAUACACCCGUCGUUGAGGCUCUUCGUGGCCGCAUCCGCGAGCUCGAAGCUGAGAUGCGCGGACAACUCUUUAAGUGUCUCAUUUGCAUGCCGCAGCGGAAGCAGGACCGGCGGGAUCACGACGAGAGCAAAGAGGUCACCGUGGUGGCGGUUCUCGAGGAAAAAGGGUUACGCAAAAUGGCGCGCCGGGUUUACGAACCGUGUAAUAGACGAGAACAGGGGCGGGUAGCGGAGACGGAAGUAGAGGUGGCGAAAACGGAAGUAGAGGAGGCGGCGGCGAUGAAAGUAGCGACGAAGGUGGAGCUCGGCGUCGCGCUCCGUAUGGAUCCGCACGGGCGAAUUCACAGAGAGGGAGGGAAAGAAUGCAAGAGCGGAACGGGGUCGCAUGGCAAGAUGGUGGCUCAGUAUAUACGAACUCUUACGCAGCAAAAAGAGUGCCUAUGGAGUCCUCACUUACUUCGUACGAGAUGGUUACAUAUUAAAUAA